AUGGCAAAUAGAACCUACUUUAAUUUAGAUCAGAAAAGACUUUUUAAGCCUUAAGUUUAAUUAGAUAAAAAACAAGAAGUUGUUACUAAAAAGAAGGUUGAAUCAAUUAGCAUAAACGAAGAACCAUAAAAAUAAUUAUGGGAUAUGGAUUUAAAGGAUUGUGUCACUAAAUAUAAGGAUACUAUAGGAAGUAAAAAGAGAAAAGAAUAACUCAUUUUUAAGCCUGGAGGGUGUUUUAUCAAGGAAAAAAGUGAGACUGAAAAAUAAAAAACUGAAAAAGAACUAAAUAAAGAGAUUAAUCAAGUGAUAAGAUAGACAACCAAAGAGUUUUUUGAAGAUAUAAAAAUGGAAAAACAAUAAAAAGAAAACGAAAAAAACUAACUUAAUGUAUAAAAUUAGAAGGAUUAAUGUAAUGUUUAAGAUUAAGAUUAGAAAAUAAAUUAAUAAGAAAAUAAUUAAGAAAAUUAAAUAAAUGAAGAAAAAAUAUAAUAAUAAAAAGAAAAUAUAGAAAAUAAUACAGUAAAGGAGGAUUAAGGAUUAUUAAAGAAAAAAGUAGGCAAAUAUUAAAAAAGUUAGAAUGGUAAUUUUGUUAGACUUGAUCUUAAAAAAAAAUAUCAAGAUAAAUUUAGAGGUGCAAUUUAUAUGAAUCAAAGAAAAUAUAAAAGGAAUGGUACUUUGAAAAAUCCGAAUCCCUCAAAAAGAGAACAAACUUAAAUUGAUUUUUAACAACUUAAUAAUUAAGGACGUGCUGAAUCUUGUAUUUAAAUUAAUAAGCUUUAGACAACAUAUUCAUAUAAUCUGUUUCCUCAGGAUUAUUAGUAGAGAUUUUUGAUGAUGAAGAAAAUAUAAAAGAAAAAGAGAAAUAUGAUGAACUUAUAAAAGAAUUAGUUCAAAAAGUUUUAGAUGAUUUAGAUAAUAAAGAAAAUUACUUAAAUUUGUUAGAGUUAGUAUUUGGUUUUACAGAAUUUCGUGAAGGACAAUUUGAAGCAAUCUAAAGUAUUUUAAAGAAAGAAUCAAUUUUAUUGGUAUAAAAGACAGGACAUGGUAAAUCAUUAGUAUAUUAAUACUUAUCAUUGUUCCUUUAAGAUAGUAUAGGGAUUAUCUUCUCCCCCUUAAUUUCAUUGAUGAUUGAUCAAGUAUCUAAAUUACCAGAUUAGAUCAAAGGUAUAGCAUAUCAUUCAAUGUUAACUUCAUUUUAAAAAGGUCGUUUAAUUGAGUUCAUAAAAGGUAGAUAAGUUCAAUUAGUUUAUUGUACUCCUGAAAUCUUUUAAAGUGAUUUAGGUUAUUCCUUACAUUAUUUUGGAAAGAUUUCAUUUAUUUGUAUAGAUGAAGCUCAUUGUGUAUCUGAGCUUUCUCAUUCUUUUAGACAUACUUAUGUGAUAUUGAAUUCUAUGAUUUAGAAUUUUUUGAAGGAUGAUAUGCCUCCUUUUUUAGCAUUAACAGCUACUGCUACUCAUUUAACUGUAGAAUCAGUACUAAAAAAAUUUUAAAUUAAUAAAUCUAUAAUUUCUAUUAAUACUGAAAGAAAUAACAUAGAAAUAAGUGUUAGUAGAGAUAGAGAUGUCAAUGCAUCUUUAAUUAAAUUAUUAUAGAGUUAAAAAUAUCGAAAUUUAUCUUCCAUUUUAAUUUAUUGUAGAAGUAAAUAUAUGGUUGAUAUGGUAUCAAAUUAUUUGAGAAAUUGCAAUUUAAAAUGUCUUGGUUUUCAUGGAGGAUUGCCUGAAUAAGAAAAAAUGGAUAUUUAAAAUAAAUUUAUUAGAAAUUAAAUCUAAAUAAUUGUUGCUACAUCUAUAUUUGCUAUGGGUAUAGAUAAAUCAGAUAUUAGAGCAAUUAUUCAUUUAAAUUUACCCAAAAGUAUUGAAUCUUACAUUCAAGAAAUUGGUAGAGCAGGAAGAGAUGGAUAAAUUGCAUAUGCUCAUUUAUUUUUAAGAGAAAACGAUUUCCAUUUAGAAAGAUCAUUUAUUCUAUCAGAUUAUCCUGAUUUUAUUGUAAUGAAAAAUCUAUUAGAAAAAAUGAAAUAAAAAUAAGAAGAAAACAAAAUAACAUAUUUCAUUUCAAAAUUUGCAGAAGAAAACUUGGAUUUGAGAAAAGAUACAAUUUAUUCUCUCAUGCAAAUUUUAGAAAGAUGUUCUGAUGGUUCUAUCAAAGUCUAUCCAAUUUGUCAUGAGAAGAUUAUAUUAAAAUUCUUUAAGGCUUUAACUGAUGAAUAGAAAGAGAAGUCAACAUUUUUGAAUGAGCUAUCCAAAAUUGGAAGAAUGAUUUCUGGUAGUCUUCAUGUUAAUGUAAUAAAAGCCAGUAAUGCUUUAUCGAUGUAACCUUUAGAGGUUAUCAGAUAAGCUAGAAAUCUCUUUACUGAAUUAUCUAUUGCCACAGAAACAUAAGAAGAAAUCUUACCUUUUCAAAUAAUGAAGGAUAUUGAUGUGAAUAUAUUAGAAAAGGCUAACGAGAUCUUGUAACUACAUAAAUAAGUGGCAUUGAAUAAGUUAAACUUAAUGUAUAUUUUAUCUUAUGAAAACUCUGUACCAAAUUAUGAUUUAUUAUCUGAAAAUUUAAUUCAAACAAAAAACUUUUACUUUAAUCAAUAUUUUAGAUCUGAAAAUCCAGUUGAUGAUAUUUUGAAAAUUUUAUAUGAUGAUACUAUUCAAAAUAUUAAUGAAUAUUUGCCAUUUGAUGAUAUGGAUGAUGAAAAACAUAAAUAAAUAUAAUAGGCAGUUAAACGAUUUUUACAUGAAGAAACAGUUAAUAAAAACAAUAGUGAAACACAUAAAAUUAUGUAAUCUUAUUUAAAGAAUCCAAAAAUCUUGUCUCGUUUAUUUUGUGGUAUCUAAUCCAUCAAAUACUCAUAUAAAGAAUACAAAAGCUCAUCUAUUUGGAAUAAGAGUGGCAGAUUAAGGUAUGAAGAUGUACAUAAAUCUGUCCUUAACAUUUGCUUGUCAAUUUUAGAAUAAAAUUGA